AACAAGUCCUGAAGAACACACACACAUUUCUACUCUGCUGCACCGAGGCCCUGUGCAACAAGUACACACACACUUGACUUUAACAACUCACUAUACUGCAGAAAACAUCCAACUAAAGAUAAGCAGCCGCAGGUCUGUGUGGUUUAUGAUACAUAUGAGUUUAUACAUAUUAAUAUAUGUACAGGGUUAGGGUUGGUAUAUAUGAGGGUGUUUGAUUCCAGUGAAUUUUAAUGUGGCUUCAUAAGGAGAUGUUGUGUUGUGAUUUGUUGUUGUGAUGUGUUGUUGUGUUGUGAUGGGUUGUUGUGUUGUGUUGUUAUGUUGUGCUGUGUUGUUGUGUUGUUAUGUUGUGAUGUGUUGUUGUGUUGUUAUGUUGUCAUGUUGUGCUGUGUUGUUGUGUUGUUAUGUUGUGAUGAGUUGUUGUGUUGUUAUGUUGUCAUGUUGUGCUGUGUUGUUAUGUUGUUGUGUUGUUAUGUUGUGAUGUGUUAUGUUGUUAUGUUGUGCUGUGUUGUUGUGUUGUUAUGUUGUGAUGUGCUGUUGUGUUGUUAUGUUGUCAUGUUGUGCUGUGUUGUUAUGUUGUUGUGUUGUGGUGUUGUGAUGUUUUAUGUCAUGUGAUUGUAAAUGACCACGUGUCAGUCACAGUUUGUUUGUAUAUAAACUUUCUGUGGCUCCACGUGUUCUGUACCAAACCUGCAGUUCCACUCUCCUCCAGCUGGGGGCGGUGUAGACCUUGGAGCUGCUUCACGGACCCACGCUAACACGAAGAAGAAGAAGAAGGAGCUAACCCGUGCAGCUAACAGUUCGUCAGUAAACAAACAGAAAGAUUCACAGUAAGAAACUGAACUUCCGUUUCAGAUGAAAACAUGAAGAAGCUUGAACGAAGCGGAUCCUCGACGGGGAGCCACGAGCUCAAAGCUCCGCGAACAAUUACCAGGCGAAUGCUAGCUAGGCUGCUAAGUCAGCUAACGAUACAAUGUAGCUAAACAGAAUCUCGGAGGCUCUGACAUGUCAGCUGAUACCAAGAUUGCCGAGCUGCUGACGGAGCUCCAUCAGCUCAUCAAACAGACGCAGGAGGAAAGAUCCCGGAGUGAACACAAUCUACUCAACAUUCAAAAGACGCAUGAGAGGAUGCAGACUGAAAACAAAACUUCUCCGUACUACAGGACCAAGCUGAGGGGCCUGUACACCACAGCUAAAGCAGACGCCGAGGCCGAGUGCAGCAUCCUGCGUCACGCUCUUGAUAAAAUCGCAGAAAUCAAGUCGUUGUUGGAGGAGAGGAGGAUAGCUGCUAAGAUGGCCGGCGUGUACAGUGACAGCGACCCCCCCAGGAAGACGAUGAGGCGCGGGGUCCUGAUGACGCUCCUCCAGCAGUCGGCCAUGACGCUCCCUCUGUGGAUCGGAAAGCCUGGAGAGAGCCCCCCCCCUCUGUGCGGGGCGACGCCUGCCAGCAGCGACUACGUGGCCAAGCAGGGCGACAAAGUGGCAGCGAGGGUGAAAGCCGUGGACGGAGAUGAGCAGUGGAUCCUGGCUGAGGUGGUCAGCUACAACCACUCCACCAACAAAUACGAAGUUGACGACAUUGAUGAAGAAGGAAAAGAGAGACACACUCUGAGCAGACGGAGGAUCAUCCCUCUGCCUCAGUGGAAGGCAAACCCAGAGACAGACCCUGAGGCCCUGUUCAGCAAAGACCAGCUGGUGUUGGCCCUCUACCCCCAGACCACCUGCUUCUACCGGGCCCUCAUCCACACCCCCCCACACAGGCCUCAGGACGACUACUCUGUGCUAUUCGAGGACACGUCGUACGCUGACGGCUACUCCCCUCCUCUGAACGUGGCUCAGCGAUACGUGGUCGCCUGCAAAGAGAACAAGAAGAAGUGACGGGUGAAGAGCUGAAGAGCUGAAGAGCUGAAGCAUGAGCGCACCGACGAGCCUGUUCGAUUGUUUAGUUUGAAACUUGUUCAGUUUUUUAAAGAGAUGACGUUCAGAAACAGGUUCUGGAUGAUUAGUCAAGAAUCAAAUAAAAAAAGUUUGAAGCUGAA